CUUAGCUUCAGCCUUACAAUAUCCUCCGCUCAGGCAACUGAGAGACAUCCCUCGUUUCUCCCGUCUCUCUGGAGGUUCCGCGAGCCUGAUAAUACACCAUGAUGCAGUGGACGUCCUCUUUCGUUCAAAAAGCCCAGUCACUAAUCGACCCGGCCAACUUCACACUCCCCACGCUAACUUCCUCCGAUCGCAACCCUUCGAAAGCCUCCCUGUUUCGCCAGCAAUUUCGUCUUCCAGAUUCCCAGAAUCCCCUGCAAGAGAUAACUGCGGAGCUCGUUCUCCCCAUCACACAUACCUCAUCUUCCGCAUCCUCCGUUGAUCGUGCCGGGAACCGUUAUGCCGGCCGACUUCAUUUGAGUGAGCGAUUUAUAUGUUUUACAACUCAACCUACUAGCUUUGCCCCUUCUGCAACCCACAGUGCCUCAACUUAUUGGGCCGGCCAAACCAAUGGAACUGGCCCCUUUGGGAAUGGGUUUACCGUCCCAUUGUGUUGCAUCCGGCGAGUGGAACGAUUGAAUAGCUUGAGUCACGUCUUCUCGCUUGCUCUCACGACGUGGAAUGGUGCUUUGGGCAAGCAGCAGACCCCCGGCUUUAUUCCUCAGCGGUUUACGAUUCAGCUGAUUGGGAGCAGGCAGGCCUGUGAACGAUUCUGCGAUGGGCUGAAGAAGGGAUUACGGGAAUGCAUGAAAGAAAUCGAGAAUUUGCGGGUAGUCGUAAAUGAUUGUUAUUCGGAGUAUUUGCUGUCUGGAGCCAAGUCUAAGGGUCAAGAUGGCGAUAAUGCGGAGGUGCGCCAGCCGCCAGAUGCCGGUCUGGGCAUGAUUUUCCGCUAUCCGGGAGAUGCGCGCAAGCUCCGGGACAGAAGUAAAAUGCGAUUGUGGGGGGAAUAUUUCAGAGAGAAUGGCCGCAACGCGACUCUUAUUCGGCAACCUACAUACCAUAAGCUGAUUCGCGUUGGACUGCCGAAUCGCCUCCGUGGUGAAAUCUGGGAGUUGGCUUCAGGGUCUCUAUAUCUCCGCCUGAGGUCGCCAAACCUAUAUACCGAGACUCUUUCCAAAUUCUCCGGCAGAGAGUCUUUGGCCAUCGAUGAGAUUGAAAAAGACCUGAAUCGAAGCUUACCCGAGUAUGCCGGGUUUCAAAGCGAAGAAGGGAUUGGACGACUUCGUAGAGUCCUGACAGCCUACAGCUGGACGAAUGCGGAGAUCGGAUACUGUCAAGCUAUGAACAUUGUCGUCGCGGCGUUGUUAAUAUACAUGUCGGAGGCGCAAGCCUUUUUCCUCCUCUCCGUUUUAUGCGAUCGUCUAUUGCCGGGAUACUACUCAACCACUAUGUAUGGGACAUUACUCGACCAGAAGGUCUUUGAGUCCCUUGUCGAAAAAACGAUGCCCGUCCUCUGGGAUCAUCUCACUAAAUCUGAUGUCCAGCUUUCCGUUGUAUCUCUCCCAUGGUUUCUUUCUCUCUAUAUCAACUCAAUGCCUCUAGUAUUUGCUUUCCGGGUGUUGGAUGUAUUCUUCCUGGAAGGUCCCAAGGUUCUAUUCCAAGUUGGCUUGGCCAUCCUACGCAUCAAUGGCGAGGAGCUUCUGGACAUACAGGACGACGGGUCUUUUAUCUCUGUUCUCAAGUCGUACUUCUCCCGCCUGGACGAAUCAGCCCACCCCAGGUCGGAGAACCCGAAACUGAGAGCCAUUACUCGCUUUCAAGAGCUUAUGGUUGUCGCCUUCAAGGAGUUCUCGGGGAUUACCCACCAGUCAAUCACGGAGCAGCGUGAGAAGCAUAAAGAUGCGGUUUUGGAGAAUAUCGAGAGUUUCGCCAAGCGCACGUCAAUUCGGAACCUAGGUCCGGACAGCAAAAAGCUCAGCAUGGAUGAUCUGGGGAUGAUCUAUGACCGUUUCUACGAGGUUCUGUAUGAACAUCAGCAGAGGCAGAGGCUUCUAGAUGAAGAGAAAAAACGACAAGAGAAGAAGAGAAUCGAGCGGACUUCCAUUCUGGGGCCACCAGUCGACCGAGAAGUUGGCCGUGUUGGUCUUGGGCCUAGCCCGACUCACAUGGAUUACGAUGCCUUCCGCGACUUCCUCGCCGCUACGGCAAAGUGGGCUGUAGGAGACACUCCGGGGUCUUCGCGGAAAGAGUCAACUGUUGAGCAGAAUUCCCACAGCUUUAGAGGAUUUGGAAAGUCUCUGGCGUGGAAUAAUAAAUCAGAACCAGCAGACCACGAGUUUAUGCGGCGACUCUUCCAGAAGUGGGCCACAGAGCCAUCUGAAGGGCUCAGCUUGCAGAAUGUGGUCAAUGGACUUGCGCGCCUUAAAGGGCCUCGUGACAUCAUGAACAAUAUUCAAUACUUUUUCGACCUUUAUGAUGAUAACGGGAAUGGCACCGUCGAUCGAGAAGGAAUUCUGAGAAUGUCGGAAGCUCUGCUUUUCCUCUCCCGACGAGGUUUUGACGGCGCAAUUACCCCCAGUCAACCUCUGGAGGAGAUUGGCGAACGCGAUCGCUUCGAGCAGGAAAAGCUGAGUACGGAUGAGAGAUUUCUGGGGAGCGUCAGCUCGUUCAUCCGGCGCUGCUUUGAGUACGCUGACCCCAGUAAUCCCGAGGGCAGACCUACGGAAGAACGAAAGGAUACGGAUACGGCAGAAGCCACCGAAAAGCUCGACGCAUUUGCUAUUGGUGAUGAUGAUGAUGAUGAAGAAGAAGAAGACUUGAUUGAUGUUGGCGACGAAAGAAAACCUGAGCCAUCAGCUUCGAAGAAACAAGAUGAUGAUGCCCAGCACAAGCACAACCGGGGCACAUCAGAGUCUGCAAAUCCAGCCCUCGAUCCCAACAACCCUCUACACAUCACCCUUCCCACAUUCCGCAUGGUCAUAUUGGCCGACGAACUACUAGAACAAUUCUUUGAUACUUUCUUCCCUCAGUCAUUCCACCUUUCCGAUCAAUCUCACCCCGCAGCCAAACUCUCAUCUCUCUCAUCUAACCUCACCACCUUCUCCAACAUCAAUGUGCCCAAACCCCAUCUUAGCGCUGCUUCCGGUGCAACCGUUGCAGGUGCAUCUGGCGGCAUCGUUCCUCCAGGCAAGGGCCUGCGUGGGGUCCUGGACAAUAUCGUCUCCGACGGUAUUCGGAUGGCGGCAGAGGUCAAGAAGCGGAUGGACGAAGCACAACGCGAACUGGAACGCAACGCCCUCAGCCGUCCCCAAGAAGACGACGAAGAGGAAGACGAGGAGGACUACGAUCCUCGCAGUAGUUCUUCCGCCCCACCCGCAAUCGUCGGCGGCAUUUCCAGCUGGGGUGCCGGCGCUUACGGUGCAGACCCAGAACGUCGCAGCGUUCGCGAAACAGACCGAGACCUCCUGGAAGGUGCAGAGGUGGUCAGCAUACACCGGAAAGAUGAGGCAUCCCUCCUGGAAGGCAAGGACGAGAACCAGCACAGCACAGCUGAAGGAAGCAGUCACCACCAGGGACAGAGCUCGUUCCAGCGGAUAUCCAAUCCCCAUAAUGAUGAUCACGUCGUCAGCAAGGUUGAAUUUGAGUUAUGAGGUAUGUCUGGGCUCUGGAAGAUGUUGGUUCCUCUUUCUCUUGUUCUCUUGGCACGAUGUGGCUUUUCUCCCUGCAUUUACAUACAUCUCACCAUAUCCU